AUUAUAAUUGCACUGAUAUUGGCUACGAUAAUGUUGUUUACGAUUGUCGGCAACAUAUUGGUUAUUUGGGCCAUAUUUACCUACCGGCCCCUACACAAUGUACAAAAUAUGUUUCUGGUAUCGCUAGCCGUUUCCGAUAUUGCCGUAGCCGUACUGGUCAUGCCUUUCAAUGUGGCCUACAAUCUGUUAGGUAAAUGGAUUUUCGGACUACACAUAUGCGAAAUGUGGCUGACAAGUGAUGUAUUAUGUUGCACUGCAAGUAUAUUAAAUCUGUGCGCCAUUGCUAUGGACCGCUAUUGGGCAAUACACGACCCGAUAAAUUAUGCUCAAAAACGUACAAUGCGUCGAGUAGUGACCACUAUAGCCUUGAUAUGGGCUAUCAGUGCCCUAAUAUCUAUACCGCCGCUAAUCGGCUGGAAUGACUGGCCAUCGGUUUUCGACGACAACACGCCGUGCAAACUGUCCGAAGAGCGGUCGUAUGUUGUCUAUUCGGCGAGCGGUAGUUUUUUCAUACCACUGGUCAUUAUGACUGUCGUCUAUAUCAAAAUAUUUAAGGCCACCCGACGACGCUUAAGGGACAGGGCUAAAGCGUCGGCAAUGGCCAACCUAAUGUCGGCCAACUCGAAGACCAAUAAUUGUGUUUCCGAAUCGCAUCGGAUUGAUAUCGAAUCGGCCAGCGAUGAAAAAACCGAAAAAGUGGUCAACAAUAUUAAUAAUAAGGACAACAACGGCGGUGGUGGCGGCGGCGGUGAUAAAGGUUUACCACCACAGCAGCCGCUGACUAACAACAACAGGCGGCCCAGUCUUAAGCAAGACUUAAAGGACAGGCCGUUGUUGUUGUCUAAGUCUAGUGAUGAGCACAGGGAGCUCAAGAAGCACAGCGAUGAUGAUGACGACGAUGAUAAUGAUAGUGAUAAUAGUGAUGCUGAUGAUAAUAACCAUCAACGGCAACACCAGCAACAGAUAAUUAUACCCACUGGCGAUGAAUUUGUAUCGCAAUAUAAUACGACUACCACUACUACCUGUACCAGUGGCGAUGGCCUGUCUAUUGGCCAGAGUGUUGGUGGUGUCGGUGAUGGACAGCAACAACAGCAACAACCGACGGCGCUGACGACGCCGACGACAAAAAAAGUAAUGGUCUGCACGACAGUAACCAUUGCCAGCAGCGACAACAUUAGCACAGGUUUGUCCUCAGAAAGUCCGGAUCCACACCACAACCACCACCAACACCAUCACCAACACCACUACCGACCCAAAGCCCAGUCUAUUAGCAGUGAAUUAGUAGUCACUAAUAAACUACUCAAUUGUUUUGCCAUUCAAGCCUCCAAACGGCGGCCAAUGGACAGCAACAACAGCGACAACCAGUCGUCGACGGCUGUCAUAUCGGUUAAGAGGUUUUGGGAGGAAAAACAAAAGAUUUCGCUGUCGAGGGAAAGGAGAGCUACAAGAAUAUUGGGUAUCGUUAUGGGGGUGUUUGUCGCCUGUUGGUUACCAUUUUUCCUCAUGUAUGUGAUAAUGCCUUUUUGUGGGUCAUGUUAUCUGCCAAAGGAGUUGGAAAACUUCAUCACUUGGUUGGGUUACAUCAACUCAGCGCUCAAUCCCUUAAUAUAUUGUGGUUUUAAUCGUGACUUUAGAAAAGCGUUUCAAAAGAUUAUUUGUUGCCGAAAGUGA